UUAAAACAACAGCUGAAUUUGAAAUUGUUAAAAGUAUUAAAGAACGAGUAUGUUUUUUAACUCCAACAACACAAAAAGAAGAAAUAAGUCAAACUGAUAAAUCACAAUUUACAUUACCUGAUGGAACAUCAAUUGAUCUUGGUUCAAGUCGUUAUCGAGCACCUGAAGUUUUAUUUAAUCCAGAAUUAAUUGGUGAUGAAUGUGAAGGUAUACAUGAAAUUUUAUCGGGUUCAAUUCAACGAUCUGAUAUGGAUUUACGACGUAUACUUUAUCAAAAUAUUGUUUUAUCUGGUGGUUCAACUUUAUUUCGAGGUUUUGGUGAUCGUUUACUUGGUGAAUUAAAACGUAUAGCACCAAAAGAAGUUAAAAUAAAAAUUUCCGCACCACGUGAACGUCUUUAUUCAACAUGGAUUGGUGGUUCAAUAUUAGCAUCACUUGAUACAUUUAAAAAAAUAUGGGUAACAAAACGUGAAUAUGAUACUGAAGGUGCUAAAAUGACUGAAAAAGUAACUCAACGUCGUCGACAAAUUGAUAAUAAACGUUUAUCGAAUAUAAUUUUAUUUGGUUUAUAUAAAAUUUUAAUAGAAAUUAUUUAUGUUGAAUAUACAAAUAUUCCGAUUAGUUUACCUAAACUUGUUAAUGUUAAUGAGACAAAUCCAGAGAGAUUUUGGGGAACAUAUAGAUCGAAUUUAUAUUUUGGUUUAAAACAUCGAAGUGCAAAAUCAUUAAGUGGAGGAUUAAUGUGGUUUGAUUAUGAUACAUUACAAAAAUCCAAUGAUCGAUUUCUUAGACAUUGGUGUGAUCAAAAUGAUCAGUUAAAAUAUGGAUGGACAUAUCAUGAUGGUGAAACAUUUGGAAUUGAAGAUAUUAAAGAUAAUAAUCUUGAUUUAAAUAUUCAAUGGAUGAAACAAAUUAGUGGACAACAUGGAGGAGAUUGGACUACACGUAUUAAUGUUAUUCGAAAAUCCACCAAUAGAACAAUACCAAUAUCUUUGUUCUUCUAUUUCCACCAUGAACUUCCAUGGAUAAAAAAAUUAACAUCAAUUUCAAAGCAAUCACCUAAUACUGUAACUAUUCGUGGUCAAACAAAUGAAUUAGAUAAAUUUACUAUUAAAAUUCAAUUAAAUACAUUACCUAAUCAACCUGUUAUUCGUACAUUAACAGAUGUCUUUCAAUUAGAUACAAUUCAUCGUGAUAUCUUAACAAAAUUAACAUCUAAUCCUCCUAAACAACCAUUUUUUAUAUUAACUGAUCAAAUAUUUCAAGAAUUCGAACAUAAUACAUUUUUUAUUCAGUUAACUUUACGACAACCAUUAGUUGAUGAAACAUUUUCAUUUGAUAUAAUCUAUCAAUCAGAUUCAUCAGAUAAUGAACGUCAACAAGAUUUAACAGGUUUAUAUUUUAAUGAAGAAAUUCUUCGAUUACAAAAACAAUUUGAUCAACGUUUUGAAAAUAUAUUUCAAUUAAAAACAAAACAUAAUAUGGAUGAAACAAAAAUUCAUUUUGCUCGUUCAACAUUAAGUAAUUUAAUUGGUGGAAUUUCUUAUUUUACCGGUCAAUCAUUAGUAGCAAAAGCAAAUCAAAAGAUUCCUGAUCAAUAUUGGACAACAAAUUUAUAUACAGCUGUACCAUCACGUUCAUUUUUUCCACGUGGUUUUCUUUGGGAUGAAGGUUUUCAUAAUCUUCUUAUUGCUCGAUGGAAUCAAAAUAUUACUAUCGAUAUUAUGAAACAUUGGUUUGAUAUGAUUAAUACUAAUGGAUGGAUACCUCGAGUAAGAAUUUAA